GAACGCUCCAUGCAAAACGCCGUGCCUUUUGUCCGAAACCCUCCCUCAGUCAUCUAGUAACUCGAUUCAUUCCAGCAAACUCCAGCUCAUUGGCAUGUCUACCACGCCAGACUCGGAGUUCUCCACCGAGGCCAUCGACAAGUUACUCAGGCAUUUUCAAAAGCCCGAGCACUCUGGCGUGCAAUAUAGACGCAACGAGCGAAGAGAUCUCCCCUCUGUUAAGCUUCCGACGGAGUAUGUUGUCCGUCGCAAUCGCUUUUCCACACAGCCGAUGAAUAGGCCUCCAAAGGUCUGUUUGGGCUAUGGUAUAUUCCUAAAAGACCUCUUUCUCUAUGCGUGUCGCCACCCCGAGAUAUUCAAGGAAGCGAGCACUUCUCCAGCCGACCUUCUCGCAGUCAAGGGUCGUCAAAUGCGCAAGUGCUAUCUCAAAGGCAUCUGUCUGCUGGCAAGGAUACACCUCUCAACGGUAUUGCAAUGCCCGCGACUCCUUGAUGUUCCUAUUCAGAGCGCCUCGGUCGACUACGAACUAGUUAUUGCGUUAUACGACAACUACGGCAUAUACAGGUAUGAGGAGAAGAGACGGCAGAAAGAACUUCUGGCGAGGCUUAAGGAGGAACUCGAGAUUCCAGAGGCGGAGCAAGCUAUGUGGUUCAUUGAAAAUUAAGGGCCUGGGACUUCGCCUUGUCUUUGAGCGGCUUCGUAGUACCCAGCGUAUCGCGUGCUUCGUUCUGUACCACCUUAGUUUACGUUCGUUUCUACAUGGAGUACCAAUCCGCCCGUAUUUCUUUGUCAUUCAUGGUCAUGUAUGAUUCCUGUAUGAAUAUUGUUAUGCCGUAGUGCAUUGAAUUAUAUAAUGAUGUCCUACG